UUGGUUUUUCGAGACAGGGUUUCUCUGUGUAGCUUUGCGCCUUUCCUGGGACUCACUUGGUAGCCCAGGCUGGCCUCGAACUCACAGAGAUCCGCCUGGCUCUGCCUCCCGAGUGCUGGGAUUAAAGGCGUGCGCCACCACCACCCGGCUUUUUUUGGUUUUUUAAGACAGGGUUUCUCCGUGUAAUUUUGGUUCCUGUCCUGGAUCUCGCUCUGUAGCCCAGGCUGGCCUCGAACUCACAGAGAUCUGCCUGACUCUGCCUCCCGAGUGCUGGGAUUAAAGGUGUGCGCCACCGCCUCCCGGCCUACCACACCUUUCUAAAUGCUGAAAUUAUAGGUGUGAGUCACCUUAUCUAGCUACCUUAGUUGUCCUUCACGCCACGAGUGCCAGGCCUAGCCUAUACAGUAUGAACUUGGAGGGUUUUCCGUAUCUGGAAAGAUCAUUCUCAGUGGUGCACACUUUUGAUCCCAGCACUGGUCAGGCAGGUCUCUGUAAAUUCAAGGCCAGCCUGAUCUAUAGAGCUAGGUCCAGGACAGCCAGAGCUACAGCCUGUCUCUAGAAAAAAGAAAAAAAGAAAGAUCAUUCUCCUCAGAAAGUCAUCCAAUGGCACCUCUAAAAAGCUGAACACCUGUUUUACUUCUAGCAAAACUUUGAGUUAAAUACUAGAAUUUUUACUAAUAUCCAUCCAGCUUUUCACUGAAGGUGUUCCGUUAUAAAUUACACCAAGUUUCAGCUGUGUGAUUAUCACAUUCAUUAGCAGCAAGAAGCAUUUCAGGAAAUAAACUCCAAUAGAGAAGAAGUGUGGCACCAAAUGAGCCUGUGCUGAGUCACCGGUGGCUAUUUUGGCACUGUGAAAAUGACCUCCCUUUCUGGGCCUCAGUUUCUUUAUCUAACAAUAUAUAGUGUUUGGCCCGGAAGUCUUCAGGCCUCAACUUAUACCUCCAUCAGACUGGCCUGUAGGCAAGUCUGUGGGCCAUUUUCUUGAUUAUUGAUCGAUGUGGGAAAGCCCAGCCACUGUGGGGCAAUGCCACCCCUGAGCAGGUGACCCUGGGAGGUAUAAGAAAGGUCAUUGAACAAUAGUCUGAGUCAUGUAAGGAACAUUCCUCCUCUGCUUUAGUUUCUGCCUCCAGGUUCCUGCCUUGACUUCCCUGAAGAACAGACUGUUAUAAUCCUGAUUUCUGUAACUGGUCACAUGGCCUUGGCUGGUAUUUAUAAGUACCUUCCUUUACUCCCCAUUCUGUAUUUUCUUCCCUCAGCAAGCACUUCAGUAGGUCCUGGAGGGGUGACACACGUAUUCAUUCCAAAGGGUCUGGGUCAUUCGCCACCCGGCCUGGAUUGAAUUGUAGUUUCCCAUUGACCUUAAUCACAAGAUAUAGUAACACCAAGACAUGCCCUAAACACACCAGUUCUCAAACUUGUGGGUCGUGACCCCUUUGGGGGUCUCAGAUCAGAUAUUUCCAUUAUUAUUCAUAAUGUAGCAAAACUAUAGUUAUGAAGUAGCAACAAAAUAAUUUUAUGGUUGGGAGUCACCACAACAUGAACUGUAUUAAAGGGCCGCAGCAUUAGGAAGGUUGAAAACCACUGUAUUAAAGGAUCUCCUUCUACACUCCAGACAUAAUCUUCCUUAUCUUCUUUGUGGAGUAGCAAUCCAGUUUACCCCCACCCCACCCCCACCCCGUAGUCAGGAUCAGUCACCCCUCCUAACACUGUUAUUCCUAUUUCAGCCUGUUGGAUUAAGGUCAUCAGAAACCAUCAUAAGCAGAGGGGAAUCUUAGCUUCCAGCCCAAUGCAAUGUUGUGUCUUCUAGCAGGAGCAUUCUCCAUUCUGGAACAGUAUAACUUCUAGGCCAGCAGGGUAUAAGGUCCUGCCAACAGGAAACAAACGUUUUCUUAGUGGGCCACUAGGAGUGAUAGUGAGUGCAAUCAUUCUCUUCCUCCCUAGACCUGCGGUCCCGCGGUUAAAGGAAAAAACCGGUUAAAGGAAAAAACAGCACCGUAUAUUGGAUGCCGACUCAAAGCAUGUAUAGCCUGAUGGAGAACUCUGCCCCAGCCCUCCAAGGGAGCUCUGCUUUGGAAGAUGUUGGUCCCAGGGCACUGGGAUGGGCUGAGGUUGACCAUGCCCAGCCUGAUGGUGAUGUUUACAGCAGCUCUGCUCUCCAGCUGGGCCCAGCUACUGACUGACGCCAGCUCCUGGUGGUCGCUAGCUCUGAACCCGGUGCAGAGACCUGAGAUGUUCAUCAUUGGUGCUCAGCCUGUGUGCAGCCAGCUUCCGGGGCUUUCCCCGGGCCAGAGGAAGCUGUGUCAGUUGUAUCAGGAGCACAUGUCCUACAUCGGGGAGGGAGCCAAGACGGGCAUCCGGGAGUGCCAGCACCAGUUCAGACAGAGGCGAUGGAACUGCAGCACUGUGGACGACACUUCUGUCUUCGGCAGAGUCAUGCAGAUAGGUAGCCGGGAGACUGCCUUCACCUAUGCAGUGAGUGCUGCUGGUGUGGUGAAUGCCAUCAGCCGUGCUUGCCGAGAGGGUGAGCUGUCUACCUGUGGCUGCAGCCGGACCGCCAGGCCCAAGGACCUGCCACGAGACUGGCUGUGGGGUGGUUGUGGGGACAAUGUGGAGUACGGCUACCGCUUUGCCAAAGAGUUUGUGGAUGCCCGAGAGCGUGAGAAGAACUUCGCCAAGGGAUCAGAGGAGCAAGGCCGAGCCCUCAUGAACCUGCAGAACAACGAGGCUGGCCGCCGGGCUGUGUAUAAGAUGGCUGAUGUCGCCUGCAAGUGUCAUGGAGUCUCCGGGUCCUGCAGCCUCAAGACCUGCUGGCUUCAGCUGGCUGAGUUCCGCAAGGUGGGGGACCGGCUGAAGGAGAAGUACGACAGCGCCGCGGCCAUGCGCAUCACCCGCCAGGGCAAGCUGGAGCUGGCAAACAGCCGCUUCAACCAGCCCACGCCGGAGGACCUGGUCUACGUGGACCCCAGCCCUGACUACUGCCUGCGCAACGAGACCACGGGCUCGCUGGGCACCCAGGGCCGCCUCUGCAACAAGACCUCAGAGGGCAUGGACGGCUGCGAGCUCAUGUGCUGCGGCCGCGGCUAUGACCGCUUCAAGAGCGUCCAGGUGGAGCGCUGCCACUGCAGGUUCCACUGGUGCUGCUUCGUCAGGUGCAAAAAAUGCACGGAGAUUGUGGACCAGUAUGUCUGUAAGUGACGGCGCCCAUGCCUCCCGCCCACUCCUCUCUGCCUCACAGAAGUCUAUAUUAUAUAAAUCUAUCUAAAUAUAUUUUAUAUUUGUACAAAUGACUGGAUGGGUGAUACAUACCCUAGAGAGGAAAAUGGAGAGGAAGAACUGAAGAGACGCUGGCCCUCUGUGAGGACUGGGCUUUGCUGGUCAUCUCUAGCUGGUGGGAGCGAAAUGGGCUUUUCCCUGCUUUCUGGCCGGAACUCUCAGGACGCAGGGGCUUGAGGGUGUCUAUGCGCCAUAGCCUCUAGGGAAGAGGCGGUGAUUGGAUGAAGGAGAUGGGCUUGUUUCAAAUCUGCAGUCCUUUGGGGAAGAUGAGUAUGACCCUGGCCAGGAGACCCAGGGGCCCUGUGGAAGGUGGAGGCCUGACAACCCCGAUGGUGGCCCAGGUCUUCCCCAGCAUGGAGACAGCCUUAGCAAGGGUCCCAGUCCUUGCUACUUUUCUCCUCCGAGUACACACAGUUGCAGGAAAGGAAGGCUCCUCCUCCCCCCCCCCCCCCCCCCC